UAUCUAUCCUCCUCGCAGUUUUAGGGUUCACAGGAGCAAGGCUCUCCGCAGCGUCGACACCAGAAACAAUGGCUGUUCCUUUGAUUACCAAGAAGAUUGUGAAGAAGCGUGUGAAGCAGUUCAAGAGGACCCAAAGCGACUGGAAGAUCUCUGUGAAGACAAGCUGGCGCAGGCCCAAGGGUAUUGAUUCCCGUGUGAGGAGGAAGUUCAAAGGAUGUGUCCUCAUGCCUAACAUCGGUUAUGGUUCAGACAAGAAGACUCGCCAUUAUCUUCCUAAUGGGUUUAAGAAAUUCCUUGUCCACAAUGUCAAGGAGCUGGAAAUUUUGAUGAUGCACAACAGGACUUACUGUGCGGAAAUAGCACACAAUGUAUCGACUCAGAAACGGAAGGAGAUUGUUGAGCGUGCGGCACAGUUGGAUAUUGUUGUUACCAACAAAUUGGCUAGGUUGCGCAGCCAGGAAGAUGAAUGAUCAUUGGUGCAGAAUAUUAGAUGAUAUGUAUUUGUCUUGGAUUAUUCACUUUGCAUUAGGCGCAUCACAACUUUGGAUGUUUCAACUUUUGUGCCAUUUUUUGUUUUAAAUUCUAUGGUAUUGUUGCUAAAUUUUGUUGCUACUUUUAGCUAGUUACAAUGUUUGUUGGUUAUGUGUUGACUUGAUGCUUAAGCUAUGACAUUUCAUCUUUUUGAAAUAUAUCUGGUAUUUGUGGUGAUA